AUGUUAUCUUCUUCUGCUCCGGCUACUAGUAGAAAAAAGUAUGAGCCAAUCAUUCCAAAACCAUUAUUCUAUGUGAGCCUUGUUGUUACAAUUCUUGGUGCUCUUGUGAUCAUCUACAGAUCAUACAAUAUUUCUAGAGAAUUUGUUCAAUAUGGAAAUGUUUUCUUUCCAUUACGACUGAGAGAAGGAUGGUUUAUGGGCAUGCUUCAGAAUGUUAAACCAAUAUUAAUUUAUAAUAUAGUAUUUUCCAUUGGAUUUGUGUAUUUUCUGUACGGAAACUGCUCAAUCUUUCUAAUAGCAAUUGCUCUUUUAAUUAUGGAAUUGGAAAAGUAUUCAAGAAAAGCAAGCUCAAUGAUUUAUUUUCCUGGUUAUUUAAUUUAUCAAUAUUAUUCACAAGCAAAUACUAUGAUGGAUAUCGAUUUUAUAAUUUCUUUUUACCUUCCUACUUGGAGAGUAAUAGAGGCGUGCUCAGCUGGGAAACCUAUUUCAAUAUCAUGUUUUGUAGACUCAUUAGCUACAAUAUGGAUUAUUCUGAACAACUUCGAAAGGUACCCUCAGAUGGCAUAUCUGUUAAAAAAAGACGAAGAAAAGUGGUCUGAAUAUCGUCAAAGACAAGAAUCAACAUUGAAUGUUGAAGCUGAUUUUAAUUUAUUACAUUAUUUUGCGUAUCUUUUCUAUGUACCAUUAUUUGUGGGAGGACCAGUGUGUGGCUAUACUGCAUUCAUAUCCUAUGUUAAAUAUUCAACUCAAAAGAGCUUUCAUAUAAGCAAUUAA